UGAGAUUAUAUUAUUUUCUCCUUGUGUGCAUCUCAAUCUUAGAGCAGCAAGACAACCUCCAGAGCUGCUCCUGCUGCUUAACUCAUAGAUAAGCCGCCCCGGCCGCGAAACAAGAAUGGUGAGAGCUCCUUGCUGUGAGAAAAUGGGAUUGAAGAAAGGUCCAUGGACCCCUGAAGAAGAUCAGAUUUUAAUCAAAUACAUUCAACUUCACGGCCACAGCAACUGGAGAGCUCUCCCUAAACAAGCGGGUUUAUUAAGGUGCGGAAAAAGUUGCAGAUUGCGAUGGAUAAACUACUUGCGGCCGGAUAUUAAACGAGGAAACUUUACCGAAGAAGAAGAAGAAACCAUAAUCAAGCUGCAUGAAAUGCUUGGGAAUAGAUGGUCGGCAAUUGCGGCAAGAUUACCGGGAAGAACAGACAACGAAAUCAAGAACGUCUGGCACACCCAUUUAAAAAAGAGACUGAUUAAAAGAAAUCAACCCGUGAUUAAUUCUCCGAGUCAAGUGUUGUUGCCGACACCGGAUUCGGCCAAAGGACCGUGUCGUAACGUUGUUGUGUCUUCACCGCAGCGGUCCACCAGCGACGACAUGGACUCCACGGUAACAACGAGCGAAAACAAUGGCAACAAUAUGUCGAUGAAGUAUGAUGAUUUGGAGGGGAACUUCACAGAGAUAGAUGAGAGUUUUUGGUCGGAAGUGUUGUCGGCGGAUAACUCGGAGGUGGCCAAGGGCAAGGAGUAUGAAAUGGUGGGCGGCGGUGGAGGUGAGGCAGGAAUUCCACUAGCAGUGUUGGAAAGAGUCAACGACGGCUACGGUUUAAAUUUGGAUGAUAAUAAUGUGGACUUUUGGUACAACCUUUUUACAAGAGCUGGGGAGAUAUUACCAGAACUACCGGAUAACAUCUGAGAAAUGGGCAUAUGCAUUUGUACUUUUUCUUUGGGGUUAAUUAUUUUUCUUGUAGUAGUGGGGAUAUGACUUGUAGAUGAAUGAUUUAUGGCGGUGGAUUUGUCGAGUGCCAUAAUAAUAAACAAUGUUUAAACAAGUUGAAAUUGUCAUUUGCCCGAGUGCCAUAAUAAUAAACAAUGUUUAAACAA